UGUUCCUUGAAUUGCAAUGAUUACACGCCGGAAGCGACGUCGUCUGUGGGGUGGUGUCGUCUCCUGUCGUCUUCUUCACGCAGCACACAAUCAUUGUCUCCUCCAUCUUUGUCUGAAUCUUCAAAUCGAACGGGCCGAAGCUUCGUGGAGUUUGCAGGAAAAAAAUGGAAGCUAAUAGGAGUCAGGGUGGGAUUCAGCAGUUGUUGGCUGCAGAACAAGAAGCUCAGCAGAUCGUUAGUGCUGCCCGAAAUGCCAAGAUGGCUCGGUUGAAGCAGGCCAAAGAAGAGGCGGAGAGGGAAGUAGCUGAAUAUCGGUCCCAUAUGGAAGCUCAAUUCCAGAACAAGGUUGCAGCAAGUAGCGGAGACUCAGGUGCUAAUGUGAAGCGGCUCGAGCAGGAGACAGAGAUGAAGAUAAGUAACCUGAAAAUUGAAGCUUCCAGAAUAUCACAUGAUGUUGUACAAAUGCUAUUGAAGCAGGUCACAACGGUGAAAAAUUAGGUCCUGCUGGUAGAGGAUUAAAUUGGCCCCGUCGGAAAAUAAAGUUUGAUGUUAUUCUCUUUUACUCUGUUAUUUUGCAGAGAUAAGAACAAUUUAUGAACCAAAUAAUCUAUUUCUUUUAUAAUCCCAUCCCCUGGUCGCUGGGGAUUUAUCUGAUGGGUGGUGUACUCUACUAGGUAGCACAUAUCUCUUUGCAGUUUUGCACUUGAAUCUAUCCUUUUGUACCUUGAUGCCCAUUGUCGUGAUUAAAAGGAAGUUUUCGAAUUGCGCCUA